CUUCCGAAUUCGCAAGCAAUCAGAGUGUUGGCUAAACAAUUAUUUGCUCUACUCCAAAACACUACUGACUCUGACUGACUUGACUGCUCUUAAGCAGUUUACUCUAACUAAAUUAAACUAAGUUUAACAACACUCAGUUACCAAACAGUUAGUCCACAAACGAGAGCGAAUUUUUAAUUUUUGUUGUUGCUCCCUCUAUAUUGAUUGGUAGGAGCGUGUGUGAGAAGAGAGUUUAAGUUUUAAAUGAUUUUGGUUUCUGGUUUUAUUUUAUACCUUCUUUCACCACAACAAUUGAUUAGUUGUGUUUAACAAAUCAAAAUAAUAACAAUCUACUUUUCUAAAAAAAAAAAUAAAAUGUGAAUUAUAAAAUAAAAAUAAUAAAAAACUAAUUAUUAACACCAAUGACAUUUAAGUUAUAUUAAGAGUACAAAACUUUAAUUAAUAAACGUAACAAAAUUCUUGCCAAUUUAAAGAAAGAAAGAAAAACAAAAUAAAGUUCCUAAAUAAAUUUCUUAUCAGCAAAAGAAAAAUAUUCGAAAACAUAAGUUCCUAAUACAAAAACCACAACUACAAAAUACCACAAAUUUAUACAAAUUAAUUAAAUUUUUUUAAUAAUAAAAAAAAAACAAAAUAAUUUAGACAAAUAACAAGUAAAUCAAAUAAAAAAUAAAAUCGCAAACAACAUAAUAUGACAGCCUUCGGUUUAGUGCUGUUAUCAAUGAUGGGUGUAGGACCCAUGCAGCAACCACAAUCUCGCAUGAUAACACGAGCGGAAUGGGGAGCUAGAACACCAACUAUGGUGGAAAAUUUCCCGGGACCCUCACCGUUUGUCAUCAUACAUCAUUCGUAUCAGCCAGCUGCUUGUUAUACCACCGAAGACUGCCAAAGAGCCAUGAGAUCUAUGCAGGAUUUUCAUCAGCUGGAGAGGGGUUGGAAUGAUAUUGGCUAUUCAUUUGGCAUUGGGGGUGAUGGCAAUAUCUAUGUGGGUCGUGGUUUCAAUGUGGUUGGUGCCCAUGCUCCCAAGUACAAUGACAAAAGUGUGGGCAUUUGUUUGAUAGGAGACUGGAGAACCGAAUUACCACCCCCUCAAAUGUUAAAAGCUGCCAAAGAUAUUAUAACAUUUGGUGUGGCCAAGGGCUAUAUUCAUCCGGAAUACAAAUUAAUGGGCCAUAGACAAGUACGUGAUACCGAGUGUCCGGGUGGUCGUUUAUUUGAUGAAAUUUCUACAUGGGGUCACUUUAGUCCCAAGCCCAAUGCCACCGAAAAUGAGGUUAAUUAAGAGUAAUAGUUCAAAAUGCAGUUAUAUAAAUAGUAUAUGUAUGUGAAAGUAUAAACAGAAUGUAUACUUUAGUUAGUUAAUUAAAUCAUUUAUUAUUUUAAGUAGGAUCUCUUAAGAAAUGUUAUAUUUAAGCAAUUACAAUUGGUGUCUUAUUUUUGCUUAUUAAAAUGCAAAUAAAUUAUUUACAAAAUAAUAAUUUAAUUUACAAUUCAA